AUGCUCAACUGGAUUUUUUCAAUCUUCAUUCUUGCGAUUUCCUUGUCGAUCACCAAUGCGGAGGAGUUGACAGAAAACGGAAGAGUUGCUGCAUGGAUCAUUAUUCUGGGUGUCUGUGGCGGAAUUGCCGUUUCGGCGUCGAUUGCUGGAGGCGUUUUUAUGAUGAGAAGACGUCAACAACAGAAUGAGAUUAUUGUGGUUCGGAACGUCUAUAUUAAAGUGUCGUCUCGCGAGAAUCUUCUCGCUUAUGCUCGCCUCGUCCCGGCCCGGCGCGGCUCGCAUAGGUGCUCGGCUCGUCUCGUUCUCGUAGCUGGCGCUUUUCAUUUGAGGUGGAAAAAAAAUAAUAAUAAACGAUUGAGAGAUAUGGGUAUUAGUACACGUUGA